AUGAUAAAAGAAGAAAAACAGAUCGAGGCUCAGAAUUUUAUAGAUCAACAAAAUAUCGAAGUUAAAAACAAGUUAAAUGUUUGGACAGAUGGAUACUGUAAAAGAAAUAGUUUAUCAGAUGCUAUUGGAGAAAUCUAUGCUGUGAUUAGAGCUCUUGAAAUUUGUGACAAGAAAGAAAAUUUAAUUAUAAAUACUGAUAGCAAUUAUAUUAUCAUCUCUAGAGAUGUUAAAAAACCACAAACUAAUUUUGAUUUAGUUAAUAGAUUCAAUGAUUUAAUCAAGGAACGUGAAGGAAAAACAUAUUUAAAACAUGUGAAAGAACAUAGUGGUAUUUAUGGAAAUGAACAAGCGGACAGACUUGCAUAUUUAGGUUCAAAAAAACCAGAUGUUGAAUUAAUUCUACCAGAACUAUUGGCACAAGAUGAUGAUAUUAUUGUUGGGGUUAAACUUCCAAAAUUAUAUACGUGGGAUUUUAAAACAGGACAAUAUAAGAUGAUCCUUAAUAAAAAUGGUAAAAUUACAAAUAAUUAUAAAGAUGUUGUGGGUGUAUUGUUAACAAUACCAAAAAAUCAAAAAAGUUGUUCAAUAUGUAAAAAAGACAAUGUUAGAAUGUUAGGUUUUAACAAACAUACACAUAUUGAAAUUGGUCGAUAUAAGAGAAAACAAGAAGAUAAACAAAACAGAAAACUAACCAAAAAACAAGGAAAAAGAAAAGAAGUUAAAUGUAGUAUAUGUGGUAAAUGUGGUUUUAAUAAAC